AGUGCUGUGAGAAGUGAAGACACAGGAGCAGGAGCAGCAGUGAGAGGAGGAGUAGACUCGGCGCGUCCGCACGCGUCAAGGUAAAAUCUGGAGAGAACCGAGGCGCGCAGUCGGACAGUAAGUCCUGGUAGCCGCUGGUGCAGCAGCAGCAAUAACAACAACAACAACCACAAAGUGAUAAGUCUUUAAGCCGUGAGUGCAACAGGAGGUGGAGGUGAAGGAGGAAGAGCCCGAUCGGAGCUCCUGCAGCCGGCGGUCAUCGGACUGACACUCAGCGCAUCUCCAGUGGCUGGAGUGUCUGGAAGGAAAAGCGCGUGUUCUGCUAAAAGGCUCGGGUUGAUGCUGAGCUCUGACUGUCCAGUCAACACUACACUACUAUUUAUCAUUUGAUGUAUGUCACUUCCUUCUGCGGCGCUCGGAGCGGCAGAGAGGACGGGACAUCUCCGUGGUGGAUGGACCGCGGAGCUGCGUUCUCAUCCUCCGCUAACAGGAUGAUGGAUUAAACGCUUCCUCGCGACCGGUCUGUUUCACUUCGUACUUUUCCCUCACCGUCUCGGGAUUAUUUGAUCUCUCUGCGGCUUCCACUCCACCCCCACCAUCUCGAGAUGACCGAAGACUGCGUCCUGCGCUGCGUCCUGAUGCUCUGCUGUGCGCUCCUCUCCGCCAACGCCAGUAACUGGUUAUACUUGGCCAAGCUGUCGUCAGUAGGGAGCAUCAGGGAUGAGGAGACAUGUGAGCGGUUACGAGGCCUCAUCCAGAGACAGGUCCAGAUCUGUAAGCGCAGCGUGGAGGUGAUGGAUGCAGUGCGUCGCGGGGCUCAGCUGGCCAUAGACGAAUGCCAGUUUCAGUUCCGCAACCGACGAUGGAACUGUUCAACUCUGGAGACAAUGCCUGUGUUUGGCAAAGUGGUCACACAGGGCACCCGUGAGGCUGCCUUUGUGUAUGCCAUCUCAGCAGCCAGUGUGGCGUUUGCGGUAACGAGGGCCUGCAGCAGCGGAGAGCUGGAAAAAUGUGGCUGUGACCACAAUGUACAUGGAGUCAGUCCAGAGGGGUUCCAGUGGUCCGGCUGCAGUGACAACAUUGCCUACGGAGUGGCCUUUUCUCAGUCCUUUGUGGACGUUAGGGAGAGGGGUAAAGGUCAGUCUUCCAGCCGAGCUCUCAUGAACCUUCACAACAAUGAGGCUGGCAGAAAGGCCAUUCUGUCCCACAUGCGGGUGGAGUGCAAGUGUCAUGGCGUGUCAGGCUCCUGUGAAGUAAAGACCUGUUGGAAGGCCAUGCCACCCUUUAGAAAGGUGGGCAAUGUCAUCAAGGAGAAGUUUGAUGGUGCCACAGAGGUGGAGCAACGCAAGAUGGGCUCAACCAAAGUCCUGGUGCCUCGCAACUCUCAGUUUAAGCCUCACACAGAUGAAGACCUUGUUUACCUGGACCCCAGUCCAGAUUUUUGUGACUAUGAUCCGCGAACGCCGGGCCUGCUGGGCACGGUGGGCCGCCAGUGCAACAGAACCUCAAAGGCCAUUGACGGCUGUGAGCUAAUGUGCUGUGGCCGUGGCUUUCAGACACAAGAGGUGGAGGUGGUGGACAGGUGCAGCUGUAAGUUCCACUGGUGCUGCUAUGUCAAAUGCAAACAGUGCAGGAAAAUGGUGGAAAUGCACACCUGCCGGUGAUGGAUGUGGGUGGAGCACUGCUGAUGGACAAAGCAAUCACCCCAUGUUCUAUCUCAACAUAAAAAACAGAGAAGGCGACAGGGACUUUUGAAGAUGCUGCCUCUCCCACUUGAAGCCACCUGGCCCACCCACUACUGGUUGACAGACAGACUGUCUUUUAAAGGGUCGUCCUAUACAUUCUUAACCACCGUGAGUGGAAAUAAAUAGUAAAUGCAUGGGGUUUC